AUGCCUCUUGUAAAUACAGAUAAUGAUGAUGAUGAUACUUAUUCAUUGUCUUCAAUAACAAAUUCUGAUGAAGAUUUUGAAGAAGCUCAUUCUUAUGAUCAUCGUUUAUGUAGUCGAUAUGCAUCAUGUAAUAAAAAGAAACAUGAACAUUCAUCAGAUGAUUCAACUAAAUUAACAAAGCAUUCAAAGAAUUCAAAAUUCGUUGUAGGUUCUAUACGACCUAUUGCCAAUCAACCAGGACGUCGACAAAAAUACGAUGGAUGUAAAUGGCGUCGUAUAUGUGAUAAUUUCAAUUGUUCAGUUUAUUUAAGUGGUGUUCGUUAUAUUGAAAAAGGAUUAUGCCGAAAACAUUGUUUAUUUAGUACAGAAAAUAAUGUAUCCGCUGAAGCGGACAAUUCAAUUAUAGAAGAUACAACAAGAACAAUAUUGGACAAAAGAUAUACUAAAAAAACACCUGCUCGACAUAAAACUAAACGUAACAAAUCACCUAAACGUGGUGAUUUAAUGAUUGACACUGAUGGUAAGGGUCUAAAAUAUGAUGGUCAUUCUUGGCGUUAUACUUGCACGAAUAAUAAUUGUAAAUCUUACCUUGUGAGAAAUGGUUUUUGCCAGCGUCAUUAUUUGGAAAUGAAAAAAAAACAAUCAGAAAAUUCUUCUACCUCAAAUAAUAAUCAACAAGAAAUCUCUUCCACUUCAAAUAAUAAUCGACAAGAAAAUUCGACAAUGAAAUCGAAAAGCAUACGAACAAAACCAUCAGUUGUAUUAAAACCAAAAAAAGGAGAUAUUCAACUUAUUCGACAAUUAUGGAACGGUACAAAAUGGUAUUCAUUAUGUCAUCAUCCUACUCAAAAUUGUACAAAACGUUCGACAGGAAAACACCAUCGAUAUCUCUGUGAACAACAUUAUAAAGAAUCUCAAGAAAAACAAAAAAAUCCAAAUUUAAUUGAUGAUAAUGAUAUUAUAAUAGAAUCAACAGCUAAAAGAAAAAAAAGUAUGUAA